AUGUGUUAUUACUUGUUUUUCCUCUUGUGUGCUUUAAAGGUUUUCCAGUAACAUCUAUAUCAAUCUGAUCCACAUCUACUCUGCAUGUGUAAUGUUUGGAAACAACUCUGAAAAGUUUACCGUCAAGGUAUUACUGGUGUGCGAGGAAGAGGAAAUAGCCAGCUAUAUCUAUCAGAUCUGCUUACAGACACUGAUGACUUCAAAGAGAGAUGUACUGAGCUGGCUCGAUAGAGACUGGCUCAGUGUGCAGCCCACAGAGGCAGAGCAUUGCCUGCUGCAGUUCCCCUGCAUUAAUCCUCUGGUUGCUCAACUGAUGCUGAGGAAAGCUCCAUCGCUGCAGUGGCUGCUGGGAGCUUCGUUCUCUGAGCUCCAGGAAAUGUUCCCGCACAUCCUUCACAGAGUCAUUAAGCUCUUCAGUGAAAUAACAGCUAAAUCCAGAGUCAAAAAGGCAGAGAAAAAGAGAGAGAAUUCGCUGUUCUCAUUUAUAAACAGCCCAGCUGACCCUCAUCAUCCGCCUCUCUGGACUGGACAGGGUGUUGAUGAACCUCAGGCAGAUCUGGAGGAUAGGACCCCAUCUAGCCAGUUUGCAGAGUUCAUCGGUCAUGACACACGAAGAGAAGAGGAAACAUGUAGAAAAUACAACUUUUUUCCAGACCCAGCUCUCUCAUACAACUCGUUAACUCAGAGUCAGUUCAGUCAAGGUUCAGCUACAGCGAGCGUCUGGCAGCCACUGGGUGAAGAAUUCUUUCAAAACCCAAAUCUCCUGCCAGGCCGAGCUGUUGCACCAGGAUCUGCCCGUGUUCCCCAGGAUCUGCUGCCCACUCCUGAAGUGCUGAGCUGCAGAAACACUGUGUGUGGAUUCAGCUCUGGAGCACAGGGUCAGACUCUCUGGAGCUCACCUGAAAACCAUCCCAUCCACAAGAACAGAGAGGAGAGGAAGAGGCGAAGAGGAGAAGAUGGUGUUCACAAUGGUACAGAUGAACACACACAGACAUUUUCAUCUGUAUAACCAUCCUUCUUGUGCAGAACACAAAAUAUCUUUCAAACAAGAUCAAAACAAUUGAAAAAAAUGGAUUUUGAAUGUAUAAUCCACUAAUACAUAAGCUAAUUAAAGGGGUGUGACGAGAUGCCUACUCCACGAGAUGAGACGAGACAUGAGAUUGGGGUCACGAGAGCAAUACGAGAUGAGAUUUUUACGAUAUUUUAAAGA